AUGGCGCGUCGUCUAUUGGGCAUGCCCCGACUGGGAAACAUGAUCUCUUCUCUACUUGAUGACUCGAAGCUGGCCAAAGUACACCCCAUUCUGCAAGGCCUUUUGAGCAGGACAGAACUCAAGACGCUAACGGUCGCAGAAAUCAUUGCGGAGGCUCAGAAUGCAGCAGACCUCCUUGGCUUUUCUGCCACAAAUUGCAUGACAAAUGGUUACACCCAAGAAUCUCAGGCUUUGAGGCUCGCUGCCGGGGCUGCUCUGGAGGAUUUGGUAGAUUUGGGCCUGGGUGAGCCACUUGAUGGGCCACAGGGCUCCUCCGGAGCUAUGGCUGAACGAAUUAUUGAAGCCAUGGACCAACUGAUCAUCCGCCUUUUGGAGUACUCGCCUUCCCCGGACCCGGCAAGAGCAUGGCAGUGUGCCCAACGUGGUAUCGUGCUGGCUCGCCGGAGCAAUCUUCUCCAAGCUGCACGCCGAUUUUCAGCCGCGGCUGAACUGAUCCUCUUGCAGUAUCCGUCUGUCGCUAAUCAGAGCCACGCCCCGGGCAAGAGGAGGCGCCUCGGAAAGCAGUGGCUCGAGCCGUGCACGGAGACCGACACUCGACUUGAGAAUGUCAUGCAGGAGCAGCUGAUGCAUGCCGCAUCCGAUGUAGCUUUGACCUUCAAGGCCGUGGAUCGCUUGAGCUUUCUGUCUGAUGAUGCUUUCAAAAGAUAUUCCAUCUUGCGGCAGCCAGUAGUGGCCACGUGCGCGGCAGAUACACUGCCUGCCCUCCAUCUCCAGCAGCUCGUAGAGAUGUGUGAAGAGCGUCAGUUGCAGCUGAUGGAGUAUGACCCAGCAUGUGAAGCGUGGGCCAAGAUGACACAAGUGGAAAAAGAUGAACGAACCGCAGGAACGGGAAACCAAAGCCUGAGAAGUGUCGUGCAAGGCUGGGCAACGGGCAAGCAUCACGUUCUUUUUGAUCAUCCACUCGAAACUGCCUGCCCGGAGUUGGCUUCACGAAUACGCUGGCCAACCUUCCUUGAGUCUUGCGACCUGGUCGGGAAGUCACCCUUCGCAGGCAUGCAGGGUCAGGACCCCUUCUGGGAUCACCCAAGCUUGUUCGUCCAGCCGACGGGUUCCCAGUGCGGCGCGCAUGUGGACGGAGCCGAAAGCCAGUUCAUCCAACUUGUGCUCGCGGGGCGGAAGCGCUGGUCCUUCUGGCCGCUUCAACUCAGUGACCAGUUCAAAGUGCUGAAGCGGCAGGACAAGCUGCAACUGGAAGUAUGGUCAGGCUCAGAGCAAUUUCGGCAUCAGAUCCGCCAUGAUCAGAUUUUUCCUGAACAAAUGCCUGACGUCUGGCGUGUGGAUGUGGAGGUGCAGGCAGGUGAGAUGAUCGUUGUUCCGGGCGGUGUGCCUCACAUGGUUACAAAUCUGCAGGACUGCAUCGCUGUGUCGCGAAACUUCGUGGAUGUCCACCACGUUCACAGGUGUGCAGAUGCCUUGCGAUGGCCACUGCCAUAUCAUGACCUUGCCGACUUCUUGGAGCAACAGAAUGCCAAGACGAUGGUUGACACGACGUCCUUUGCAGAGCAGAGCGUCCACUUCAACCAGCCCGCCUUUGACACCACAACGAUGAAGGUUGUUUUGGCAUACCACCGGCAGCCAAUGAUGCCUUCUGCCAUGCCGCACCGGAGCUCCCUGAGAGACGGGAGCCAGGCCGAUGCUCUGCAGGGCCAUGACCUGCAAAGCAUGCAGAUGCAGAGCAUCUCGGAGUCGGAGGUGAUGACUGCCGGGCCGGCGCUCGAGGCUUUGAUGCAGCUCUGCCACGAGGGCGCUUCCCUGAUGGCCCUACGGACCGCGAGCCGAAGCUUCUGCGGCGCAGCAGAGCGGGUGGGGCGCACAGGGAAUUUGCCAAGAUGGCCACUGGUUCUAAUGAUCACUGUGGACGAGUUCGUCAGCAAGCACCGACCUUCCGAGCCCGAGUUUGUGAUCGAGUUCGAACGUGGUGAGACGGCAAGCUGCACUUACACAAUCCACAGAUGCACGCAGGAGGAUCAAUCGCAGAAGGAGCGAGUCCAAGUGCCUCAUGCACAGGUCGUCGAAUUCAUUCGCAAGCUGGGACGGUUACGCCAUGGUCUUGGCAUGGAAAACCGGCUCUGGGCGCUCCCAAAGCUGCAGCGCAGAGCGACGCUCAACCUGAACAUGACGCCCGAGGAAUAUGCCUGGAGUAGCAUGCAGGUUGCAAUGCAGUGCGAUCCUCGAGCUUCAAAGCGGCUGGUCGUACUGGAUGCACAGAAGAAGGUGAUGCUGAAGCACACCUUCUUGGAUCCAGAUUAUGUUUUGCCUCAGCCUGGCCGAGGAGUCUUCCGCAAGAUCGACAGCAAAGGGAUUCACUGCGACCGUGUGCACAGAUGUUUGCUGCGGCAAAUCCGCGACCUCUGUGGGAACCCGAAUGCCAUCGUCGACAGCUGCAGCUUUGCCUUGAACCCUCCCUGCCUUGGGCUGCCUUUGGCCUGCGGCGGGUUCGAGCGCAAUAUUUUCGACGUGGGCUGCUGCCUGAAAUUCACAGCGGCGCUCUGCAACUUCUGCAUCGCGGCCAGGUGCCACUUGAACCCCAAGCUCGCAAAGGCCAAAUUGGCAGCUGCACAGAUUGCCGGGGAGGAGAUCCCCCAAGAGCUAAUCGACGCAGCCAACGAGAAGCCGAAAGAGGAGGAGGAGCCGAUUGUGUGGGAGGGCCGCGGCGAGCGAUCCUGCCCACUUGCCGCGAGGGAGGCUCCCAAGGAGCCGGAAAAGCGCCCACGUGAUCAUGACAGGGGUCAGAGUGAGCGUGAGAGGAAGCCUCGAAGGCGGCGCUCAGGAAUGGACAGUCGCGAGCGACACCACGCUUCGCGAAGCCGCUCCCGCAGGCCGAGGCAUCGCAGAAGAAGAAAGCCUGACCCGGACAAAGCGAAGCCGGACAAGGCGACAUCGGACAAGGCGACUCCGGACAAGGCCGAGAAAUCAGCCAAGGCGGAUGCCCGAAAGUUAGCAGCCCAGAAGGCGCUGGCAGCGAUGCAGGAGGAGAUGGCCCCAAAGCCGGCCGGAGAAAGGGAGGCGGAGGACGAGGUGGAGGCGGUUCCAAACACCGAGCUGUUCGUUUUGGGCUCCUCCGAGUCUUAUUCGUACGAGGACGAGGAGGAGGCGACGGCAACGAAGGAGAAGGAGGAGAAGGUGAUGGACGAAACCGCAAAGGCCGCCCUGGAAGCCGCGCAGGCUGCAGAGGAGGAAGCCAAGCGGCAAGCUGAAGCUGCGCUGAAAGCGGAGGAAGAGCGCAAAGCCCUCGAAGCGCAGAAAGAGGCAGAGGCAGAGGAGGCUCGGCAAGCAGCUCUCCGAGAGCAAGAGAAGAAGGCAAAAGAGGAGGAGGUCUCCUUGGUUCGAAGCUCGUCCCAGGCAGCAUCAGACCAUAGUGGUGCGUGCCUCACAGAGCUGAAAACUGGCCUUUUUGCGCUUCGGAACGUCCCGCUUGGAAAUGUUUGGAAGUUUCAAGCCAACGUGACGCGACCAUGGCUUUACUGCUUUGUUAUCUCUGAUUUCAGGUGCUGGAGCCUCUCGUUCCUCACGAGGUCCACGGCUGCAGCGGCGCUGCACAAGGCGCCUGUGAGCGUGGAGGAGGCUGCCAAGCAGGUGAAGGGGCUGCACCUGUACCCGGACUUCCUGAGUGAAGAUGAGGGACGGGAGCUCGCAGACUUUUUGGACCAGGGCGAGCCGGAGUGGAGCCACGAACAGUUCGGAGUUCCAACCCUCUACCGGGUGAAGCACUUCGGUGUCCUUGGCUCGCUGAGACCACGCAUGGUGCGCCUUCCCGAUCCAAAGCUUGGCGAAGUGGAUCUGCCAUGCGACGGUAUCCUCGGGCUUGUGUCGCAGAGGCUUUCACAACAAGGUUUGCCAUGGAGCGGCUGCCUCAAGGGAUUCGUGCCGAAUGAGGCAAACGUCAACGACUACAGCCGUGAUGGCUCCAGGCUGCUUCUCCACUGGGACGAUCGCGGCCUUUAUGAAGAAUGUGUCUGCUCAGUCACCGUCAUGGGGGACUGCGUGAUGACUUUCCAGAUGGGAGGGAGGUCCAACCUGAGCGCACCCUCAUCGAAGACUACAGGUGCCGAUGCGCCUGUGGUACGUGUGGCCAUACCUCCGCGAUCACUGCUCGUGCUGCGCGGUUCUGCACGCUACGAGUGGCAGCAUGGAAUUCCGCAGGCUGAAGAUUUCCUAUCAGACCGGCGCAUGGCCAUCAUCUUCCGGCGAGUGAAAGGUGUGCCUCAGGCUGCCAAAGCUUCCCGAGACUCGGACUCGCUGGCUGAGAAGCCGGCGGAGGCAGGCAGCCGACGGAGACCCGAUGCACCGGCGCCCUGCCGCGCCAUGGUCAUCAGCACGAACUGGCCGGAUCCGGACGUGUCUGCUGCAGGGCGAGUGACGGCUGGCCGGCUUCGCCUACUACGCAGCUUCUGCAGCCUCGAAUCUGGCAGUCCGGUCUCUUUUGCAUCGCCGGCGCGUCCGGGCAAUUCUCAGGGAAAGCUGUCUGCCGCGAACGAGGUGAAGUGUUUCCGCAUCAAGAGCAACGAUGAGGCCUCCGUAGUGGCGGCACUUGAGUCUUCUGGAGAUCCGGAGCUCGUUGUCUUCGAUGGCUUCAAUGCUGAAGAGAGGUUUGGGCACUACGUUCGGGAAAGGCAACCUGAAGCCAUGCGCGUCCUGGACAUGCAGGACUUCCAUGCUCUUCGACUCGGUCGGGAACGGCUCAUUGCGGGAGGUGCAGAUGCCGGCGCGAUUGCCUCCUACCGUCCGAAGGCCUCCGACGAGGACUUGCAGCGUGAGCUGGCUUCUAUCCAUCGAUGUGAUGCCACGCUGGCCAUCUCGGAAGAUGAGCGGGCUCUGCUAGUGGAGACCUAUGGAGUGCCAAGCUGGAAGGUCGCUGCGGCACCUUUCGGCUUUCCCCGGCCUUCUCGGGUGCUGCCCAGCUAUCAACGUCGGCAGGGCGCCAUGUUCAUCGGGAACUGGCGCCACAGGCCGAAUCGGGACUGCGCGAAGUGGCUCAUCCAAGAGGUUUGGCCGUUGGUGCGCCAACGGUUGCCCGAUCUGGAGCUGAGCGUCUAUGGCGCCAAUCAGACUCCAGAAGAUGCUGCCCUGACUCAAGAGAGCCUCGGUGCUUACGUACGUGGCUACUGCCGCUCUGUGAAGAAAGCCAUGCAGCAGCAUCACCUGCUGGUAGCGCCGUUGCGUUACGGCGCCGGUGUGAAGGGGAAGGUCCUGGAGGCAAUGCAGCAUGGCCUGGUGGUGGUCACCACCCCUGUAGGCGUGGAAGGCAUCGCUGCGCCCGAUGAUUUCCCGGGCUAUGUGGUGGAAACUGGAGGGGAGGACGCGGAGGCAUUCGCCGAGGGCAUCGUGGAAGCCUUGAGGGACCCGGCCCAGUGGGAGGUGCAGCAGCAACGUGCGGCAGCGCUUCUUGCGGAGCGGUUUGAUGAGAACCGCCUGGAGGAGAAGUUGAGGGACUUUCUCAGCGAGCGGUGGCAGCAACUCGAAACCGACCGCCAGCGUGAUUACGUCGGGCAAAUGCUUUGGCACAGCUCGCUACGCUCCACCGAGCUGAUGGCAAAGUAUAUUGCCGCCAAAGAGCAGGCGAGAAGCUUGCAGCAAUCCUUGGACCAAGCAGGCAGAUGGUCCCGGCGCGAGAGUCAUGCCUUGUGA